AUGCUAGGCACGUCUGUAAAGACAAUGAUUAGGUGCUACAGCACAGAGGCAGCACCAGCUAUACGGUCGACGCUUCUUUUGUCGAGAAAUCCGGUUAUCACUGCCGACAUGCCUGCGUUUCAGAAACAGUACUAUAGAUACCAAAAGGAGUUGUGGAAGAGAUUAAUGUGGACGUUCCCCAAAUGGUUCUUCUUCAGACCUGGUACCGUUGCCGAGCUCAAAUUUCGUGAAAUAAACAAGAAACCAAUUCACGAUAACCCAAACAUCGAGUUCAUUGGCGGUAGACCCGAUGUGCAGCAUGAUAGAGAUAGAAGGUUUAAGCAGGAAAUCAAGUUGCCUCAAACAUACGACGAUAAACUGAAGCCUAUUGACGAGUUAUCGAAGAGAAUUGUCCCUAACUCCAGAACAACCGAGGCUGACAAAAAGAACGACAUGAUGAGUUUAGAGAGGAAGCUUAGUAGAACGUUAUACCUCCUAGUGAGUGAGGACGGCAAACUGUGGAACUUCCCUUCAUUUGCCAACGAGGAUCUUCCGCUACAUAAAACCGCUGAGGCUGGUGUCAUUUCGCUUGCAGGCGAUCAAUUCAACUACUUCAACGUCUCCAAGACCCCAUGUCACGUUCACAACUCCGGUAACGACAAGCUGUUCUUCAUCAAGCUGCAUAUCUUGCUGGGUAAGUUUGAAGUGAAGAACCCAGCCACGAAGCACUUGUGGUUGACUAAAGAAGAAGUGGGCGAGCAUUUGGAGGAGAAGUAUUUUCAGGAGAUCGAGCACUUGUUGAGUGAUAUAUAA